UGCCUUCAGUUAACAGUAAGUGCUGACAUCAGGUGAACUGCAAGCAUGGGUGGUUGCUGGACGUUUUUGCAGCUUUUGUGUGUCAUCGCUUCGCAGUUCAUUGCAACUUCCUUUGGUCUGUCUUGCAAUGGUAGCCCGCAGUACUGUGGUUUGCGGUUCAACCAGUUCACGUUUCCCGCCACCCACAACUCCUUCUCUCGUCCCCAGUCUACUCCAUUCAAACUCUAUGGCAACAAAGAAGUGUCUGAUGCAGACUGCUAUGCGCGUAACCAAGGCGACUCUGUCACCAAGCAACUUAAGCAUGGCAUCAGAAGUAUUGAUAUCGAUACUUGUGCGAAGGAUACUUUCGAUUUACUUGAGGGAAAUUAUAUGAUUAAAGCCUAUACUUGUCAUAAAGUCUUUUACUCCGACCCUGUAUCUGCAAUCCUGGAGGAGAUUGAUGCAUGGAUGGAUGCCAACCCAAAUGAGGUGGUUGUACUUAGCUUCACCGACAAGGUACAACGGUGGAACAACAAUGAAAUCGCCAAAGACAUCAAAAAGAAACUUGAAGAUCUGUGGGCUCCAACCAGUCAGCGUCGUCGUCGUAGAAAUUUAAUGUUGAAUGACGCUUUCAUGACAACUGGGGAGUGGCCAACGUUAAGAGAGGCAGUCCAACUCAACCAGAGAAUCUUUCUGUUCAUGCAUACUAAGUUGACAUCCCAUAUGGGGGGAAUAACUUGGGCGCACGACUUCACAUGGAUCAAGCAGACCAAUAACAAUCUAAAGUUCCAGGAAUCCGACAACUGUCAAAACUUAAUUCCACUGAUUGAUGAGAGCUGCCAAACUGAUGAAAAGUUGAUCAGUGUUGACAUGUUUGUGACUCGCGGGCUUCCUGUGUGUACGACCGAAAGAGCCAAUGCUUGUAAUCCGCUUCUUUCCCAGGCCACUGAUCGGUGCUACUAUCAAAGAAAGGAAUACACGCUGACAGUUAACUUUUUAAAGAUCGAUUUCCCAGACAGGAAUGGUAAUCUAGGGUAUAAAGUUUUGAAAAAAGUGGCUCGAGACAUAAACAAGCGAAACGUCGAAUCGUAUAUUGGUAUUAAUUUUGGACGUUACACUACCGCAAAAUAAUGUUUGAAAUUUACGGAUGCCUUUGUUAUCAACUUCCCCGUGGGACGGGGCUUAGGGAUAAGGUGGUAAUACAGGGAGGAUUAAUCGAGGUGACUUGCUAAAACUUUUGACUCCAGAGGAAAGAUGGUGUUGGGACUUAUAUUUCUUUUACAUUUAGAAUCUUGAAAGAUUAUACAUUGUGUCUGCAUUUUGUACCCUUGUCAGAGGGUCCGAUGUUCCCCGCAGUUUCCCUAAAAAAAACGUCGAGCCCAAGGGCGAGGAAGUAAAAGCGGAUAUGACCUUAAAGGGAUGAAUUUGAAACGUUCGAUUAUCACUCCCCCCUGAUUAUAGACUCAGAUACCUGACUAACAAAAAUAGGGUUAUACAGUAUUAUUAGUCAAUAUAUAAUAUAAUGAUUAUUAUAAAAUUCAUAGUGAUUUUGAUGGCAGUGGGGUAAGCAAGAGAUCUUUGCAUGAUUCACUGAGCUGAAACCUUUCAUUUAAGUGUUGCAAAGCAAGUGCAAUAUAUUAGUGUCAAAAUGAAAUAGAAAGUAUAUGAAUAAAUGGUGUAUUGAAUAAUAAA